AGUGAAUCAACUGAAUGACAAAGUGCGUCAUAAAGGUUAACUAAUAGGCAUCGAAAUUGUCAUUGAUCAUUUUUUUUAUUCAGUCGCGAUUUAAAUCAAAUUCAUGUUUCAUCGGGCAUUCAUAGCGUCAUGAGCGUCAAUUCACCCGAACCUAAUCAAACCGAGCUAAAUGAAAUACCGUAUGACACUUUCGAACGGUUUGCCAACGAUGACAUGGUCCCACUGGGUGAUAAUUUUAAAAACGUGCUGGAAGUGUUGGACGCCGAAGAAUUAAAGGAGUCACCCAUUGACAUUAAUAUCAGUCAUGUUAUACCUGUUCCUACCGCCCCACCUUUGGCAUGGAUCAAUUAUGAUUUGCCACCUAAAAAAAUGAAGAUCACUAAUACGGGACACACUGUGAUUUUAAGUGGAAAGUGGGGCCAAGAACGACCCUAUCUCUGCAAUGGAGUACUAAAUGGAAAAUACGUAUUUUCACAAAUGCAUUUACAUUGGGGCGUUAACGAUAUGGAGGGAAGUGAACAUACUGUGGACGAUAGUUACUAUCCCGGUGAAUUGCACGUAGUUUUAUUUAAAAGCUGUUAUUUAACCCAAGAGUCUGCUUUAAAAGAGAAAGAUGGUGUUGCUAUCUUAGUCUACUUUUUAAAGUUGCAAGAUCCUAUGAACACGGAAUUUCAACUGAUAGUUGAUGCUUUACCUGCUGUAGCGAAGGCUCAUACUUCAGCGAAGAUUUCACCCGUUCCGUUAAGUUAUAUGAUGAAACAGUUUGAGGCCGAUUAUUUUACUUACAAAGGCACAGUCAACACCACGAACUGUAUCCAUCCGAUUCUAUGGUUAAUUACCAGAAUACCAAUGGGUGUAUCUUCCGAUCAGAUCGACUCCUUUAGAUACCUCUUGGACAAUGACGACGAAAUAAUAAAAAGAAACUUUCGGCCGAUCCAGCCUAUUGACGAUAGACACGUUUUCCAUAUUCUUCCAUCGACGUCGAAGUACUCGACCCUGUUGCCAGCACCCUUAUCCAGUUUUGAAGACAAAACUGUGAUGCAGAUCUACUGUUUACGGCUGCUGUAUAAUAAGAGACUUCACUAUCUGAGGCAGACCACCAGAAACUAUGAUAACCAAAUGAAAUCUCUUGUAGGUUUAGCGAAGAACAGGAGAAAUGACGAUGUAAUUGAAAAGGCGCUGUUUGUAAUUUCGAAACUUUUUACAUAUAUGGAUUACAUUUACGAUAUGUUAAUUAUUUCAUUGCAGUAGGA